GAAGCUAACCCGGAAGAAGGGCGGGAUGUAGCUUCAGUCUGUAGCGUCCACAUGUAUCCACAAGGCUGCUGUUGCUCACAUGCUGUCUGAGAUAAAAGCUGUGUAGAAAAGUGUUUAAGAUCGAGAUGAAAACAAGACAAGUCCUGUAGCUCUUUUAAGAUGCUGUUAAAAGAUGUUGAGUGAUUCUGAGGCUGCAGAGCUGCUGUCCUUCCUGACCCCCAACACACGUCCUGAUGUCAAAGGUCAGGCCACAGAAUACAUCCUGGGACUGUCAGGAAACAGGGAUGGCUGCCGCUUCCUUCGCACUAAACCCGACUUACUUGCUGCCCUGUUUGCUCUGACCUCUGACCCCUCCAUUGCUAUUGUGAAGGACUGUUACUACAUCUUCGUCAACCUGUCAGCUGAUGAGACCCUGCACCAGGUUUUGGUGGCAGAUGUUAAAAUUCUUCCAGUGUUCUUGAAGAACCUUGAGGAUCCAGAAUACCCGUUCUCUGACCAGAUCUGCACCAUCCUGUCCAACCUGAGCCGCCACAACAAGACCUGCAAGACUGUUUUUAAGGUCCUCCAGGAGGGGAUCGGUCUGGCUCAGCUGGUGGAAAUCUUCUGCACUGAAGAUUUCAACAAGAAGGCGAAGCUCCACUACCUCGGCCCCCUGCUGUCCAACCUGACCCAGCUGCCCGAGACCAGGAACUACAUCAUGGACAAGGACAGGUGUGUAAUCCAGAGGUUGUUGCCCUUCACUCAGUUCCAGGCAUCAGUGGUGAGGAGGGGCGGAGUCAUUGGCACCCUACGCAACUGUUGCUUUGACCACACCCAUCAUGAGUGGUUGUUAAGUGACGCUGUGGACAUCCUGCCCUUCCUCCUGCUGCCACUGGCCGGUCCAGAGGAGCUGACAGAGGAAGAAAACGAUGGUCUUCCUGUGGACCUGCAGUACCUCCCAGAGGACAAGAAGAGAGAAGAGGACCCUGACAUCAGAAAGAUGCUGCUGGAAACACUUUUCCUGCUGACAGCGACCAAAGCCGGCCGGCAGACACUAAAAGACAAGAACAUUUAUUAUAUCCUGAGAGAGUUUCACAAGGGGGAGAAAGACGUCCACGUUUCAGCCGCCUGUGAGAAACUGGUCCAGGUGCUGAUAGGAGACGAGCCGGAGCAGGGGAUGGAGAACCUGAUGGAGGUGGAGAUUCCUGAAGACGUGGAGCAGAAACUGAAGGAGGCUGACCUCAAAGAGCAAGAAGAGCUGCAGAAGGAAGAGGAGAGGAUGAGACAGGAGGAAGAGGAGCAGAAGAAGAAGAACAGUGAAGCAGAGGGGACAGACAAAAAACAGGAGGAUGGACUUAUACAAUGAAUCCUGUGUUUGAAUCUGUAAUGUUUGUCAGUAAGAGAUGAGAGGACAUCUACAGAAAUAACCACAACGCUCCACAGUGAGCUGUCUCACUGCUGGAGGACAAGUCAAAGUAAGUGCUGAUGUAAAAGAUGAUUGUUUUCUGUUGGGUCACCAGCUGCAGCUGUGAUGGAUUUUAACUCAGUCUUCUGUUGAAGCAUGAAAGAUACCCACCAAACCUCUCACAUGUAUCCACUGAUACAUUUGUGUAGUUCUCUUAGUUUGAACAAUGGCUGCACAUCAUGAAAUUGAUUGUAAAGGGUGUUGAUACUCUCAAGCCGUUUUUGAUUGGCUGACCAGCAGGGGGUGUCAGAGCAUCUGCUGAUUCUGUCAUUUCUCUAUGCUGACGUUGAGUUUAAAACAUUCAACAAUUGCACCGCUGCUCUCCUCUCUGCGGAAGUUCAACUUCAACUUGAAAAUAAACCAAGAAGAGUUUCAGUCUCUCAAGCACCUCAUGAGAUCACUCAGCAGUAAGUCAGAGAGCUUAAAGUUGAAUCAUUUUAACAGAGUAAUGCAUAAUAAACAACUUUGUGACUUUGUCAGAA